UCGCUGUUCAAGGGGACUCAUGUCAUGGUAGUAGCAGGUUGGCAGCGAGGCGCCGUCGAAAGUCUAAAAGAAUCCGUGGAGACAGUCGUCUGAAUACUUAACCGAGGUGUUUAUAUCACUGCUCCAUCGGAAUACAGUGCAUUUGGAAAAGAUUUCUUUGGACAUAACAUCCGGAUUGGGAUCUGCCAAGCUGGCUCAACCUCGACAUCCACUUUUAGCCAGUCUGCUAGGCUAGCCAACUAAUCCAGCCUGUAAACUAGGAAACCCGGCAUUGCCCUAAAGACUACGUUCGUGUCCCACAGCAGUGUAUUGAGAAAAUAUUGUAAAUGGAGCACUGACGCGUUUUACGCGAGACUGUUUUCAUCCAACUGUUCGGUUUUUACGGAUUAAAAAAACAAUAAUAACGAUAGUCCGUAGCUGGCGAAGUGUUUUAUCUUUGGACCUUGACAUGGAUUUACUAAUGUGGCCACCAAGUGUUGAAGUCAAGAGCAUGUAUCGAGCAACAUUAAUUCAUUUUUAAUCCGUGUGGAUUUAAUCGGGCUCCCUCAGUUUGUGCAUUGGUUAAAAGAGAUCAUAAAAGGAUCUAGGAUCGUUUAACUAUUUGCCAGAACGUUUGGUACGAGCUUGGAUCGGGGAUAUGUAUAUCCCUCCAGGUUGUAUGGAUCAUGCCCAUUAGAUCCUAACCGAAGUGGAACUAACAGACCUCACAUAUUAAAUCGUUACUAUCAGCACGGAUUUACCAGCACGCCAUCCUAUGCAGACUCAGACCAGAAAUAUCUGGCUUCACCAUUGUGGAGAGAACAUAUUCACCUUUAAUGUAAAAUAAUGUGUGAAAGUGUUUUAUCAAGAUAAUGUCAAUUAACGACUGUAAACGAUUCUUGCGCGGUAAAUGGAUAAGCAGUGCGCUCGUGUGUCCGUGUGCACGGGGCAGUUGUAGUUCCAGUGUCAGUACGCGAGCUUUUUAUCUUUAGCCUAUGCAAGAAACGCAUACGACCUCAUAUAUUCCAUUUUGUUUGUAUUGACGUUUUAAAAGACGCUGUCAGUCUGAAGUGCGAUGUUCGCCUUGUACAUCACCGACAGAAGCCUACGUUUGAGUGGGCCCUCUUUCCCGUUACCGCGGACGCUCCCAAGGUUUGAUUGACUGUCAGAACCCCAAUUCUGAGAACUCAUCGCUGAAGCUACACGUGUUUAUACUUUCACUGACAUUUUAACACGAGUUUACAACCAGCCUAUUUGCUGAUUCCCAGACUACUGACAAGUUAAAGGGGAAGAACGACCGCACUGUCUGUUUGGAUUUAUCUUGUUUUAAAGCGAGAAAAUAAACUGAAAAUGGGAGGUGCAACAAAACUUGCAUUUGCAGUGUUCCUCAUCUCUUGCUCCUCGGGUGCGAUCCUAGGUCGGUCCGAGACGCAGGACUGUGUGUUCUAUAACGUGAGUUGGGAGAAGGACCGGACGAACCGGAGCGGAAUUGAGCAGUGCUUUGGAGAGAAAGACAAGCGAAGGCACUGUUUCGCCACCUGGAAAAACAUCUCAGGAGCCAUAGAGAUUGUCAAACAGGGCUGCUGGCUUGAUGACGUCAACUGUUACGACAGUGGAGAGUGUGUGGAGCGGAAAGAGAAUCCCGACGUGUUUUUCUGUUGCUGUGAGGGGAACAUGUGCAAUGAGAAAUUCUUCUACAGUCCGGACACAUUUCAGACUCCGUCGAACCCAUACACGCCGAAGCCGCAGCUGUUUAAUACUUUGCUGUACUCUCUGGUGCCACUGAUGGGCAUCGCUGCCAUCGUGUUAUUCUCUUUCUGGAUGUACCGUCACCAUAAACUGGCAUACCCACCUGUCCUGGUACCAACACAGGACCCAGGGCCGACUCCACCAUCUCCAAUACUGGGACAGAAACCGCUGCAGUUACUGGAGAUAAAAGCCAGGGGGCGCUUUGGCUGCGUGUGGAAGGCCCAGCUGCUUAACGAAUACGUUGCUGUUAAGAUUUUCCCUAUACAGGAUAAGCAAUCAUGGCAGAACGAAUACGAGAUCUACAGCAUGAGCGGGAUGAAACAUGAGAAUAUUCUGCAUUUCAUUGGCGCUGAGAAGAGAGGAAACGGCAUGGACGUGGAGCUUUGGCUCAUCACUGCUUACCAUGAGAAGGGCUCACUGACUGAUUACCUGAAGGCUAAUGUGGUGUCCUGGAAUGAGCUGUGUCAUAUUGCCCAGACCAUGGUCAGGGGAUUGGCCUAUCUCCAUGAGGACAUCCCAGGCCUGAAGGACGGACACAAGCCUGCUAUCGCUCACAGAGAUGUAAAGAGUAAGAAUGUGCUACUGAAGAACAAUCUGACUGCAUGUGUAGCUGAUUUUGGCCUUGCUCUUAAGUUUGAGGCUGGGAAGUCUGCUGGCGAUACACAUGGACAAGUGGGAACGAGACGAUACAUGGCUCCGGAGGUGCUGGAGGGAGCAAUAAAUUUCCAGCGAGAUGCUUUUCUGCGUAUAGACAUGUACGCUGUGGGCCUGGUGCUGUGGGAACUGGCCUCUCGCUGCACUGCUGCGGAUGGGCCUGUUGAUGAGUACACACUGCCGUUUGAGGAGGAGGUGGGGCAGCACCCCUCUUUGGAGGACAUGCAGGAGGUGGUGGUCCAUAAGAAACUGCGGCCUGUUCUGCGGGAAUGCUGGCAGAAACAUUCAGGCAUGGCCAUGCUAUGUGAGACCAUUGAGGAAUGCUGGGAUCAUGAGGCAGAGGCUCGUCUAUCUGCCGGCUGUGUUGAGGAACGCAUCAUCCAGAUGCAGCGCCAGACCAACGUCAUCGCCCCCGACGACAUCGUCACCGUUGUCACCAUGGUGACCAACGUGGAUUUCCCGCCCAAGGAGUCCAGCCUAUGAUGGUCGCCCAAGCGAACUGGCUCAACAACCCUUCUGCCCCCUGCGGGACACAGUGACCUCCGGCUGACCUCAGUGAAUGGAUGACUCGUAUGUUCUUCUCUUCGUGUGCACAUAAUCAGGAAUAUCCGUGCCACUGGACACUUCUCCUUUGGUGUGUGUGUGUGUGUAUGUGUGUGCGUGCGCAUAUACGAGUUUGCGCGUGUGAAGAACUCCCCUCAGGAGCACGCUCUGGAAGUUUGACGAGGGGUGCAGUGGAACGCAGAGAUUUAAAAGCAGACGGCACCGCCUCUGCCUCCCACCAUCUCUUCACUCAGACCUUUCACACCCCAAACUGUGAGGAGGUGCUACCUUUUGUAUAAUGGGAGAAAGAGAGAGAGUGAAAAAGAAAAAGAAAAAAAAAAAAACACAAACUUCCUCAAGAAACAAAACACCUGUUCAUUUUCUAAGAGAAGAGCGGAGAGGACUCUUAACAGAACUCCUUGUGGUUCAUUUUUCAGUAUGAAAAAAAGGGCAACCGGUUUUAAAACUGCAUCUACUGUUUUUUUUUUUUUGUGUUCAUAUGAAUUAUUAUUGUAAUGCCAAUAAGAAACAGCUUCUGAAUGUUUAGUGGACUACUGCUGUACAUUUUAUCA